AUGGGCCUCCCGCCCACCAGCCCCCGCAAAAAGGUCACGCUCAACACGCUGCAGUCCAUGUACAAAAAGGGCGAGAAAAUCACCAUGAUCACGGCGCACGAUUUCCCUUCGGCACACGUGGCCGAGCACGCGGGCAUGGACAUGAUCCUCGUGGGCGACAGCCUGGCCAUGGUUGCUCUGGGGAUGGAGGACACGAGCGAGGUGUUGGUGGAGGAGAUGUUGCUGCAUUGUCGGAGUGUGGCGAGGGCUACUAGCCGGGCUUUUACUGUCGGCGACCUCCCCAUGGGCUCCUACGAAAUCUCGCCCCAACAAGCCCUCUCCACCGCCAUCCGCUUCAUCAAAGAAGGCCGCGUGUCCGCCGUCAAACUCGAAGGCGGCGCCGAGAUGGCACCCACCAUCCGCGCCAUCACCACCGCCGGCAUCCCCGUGCUCGCCCACAUCGGGCUCACUCCCCAGCGCCAAAACGCUCUGGGUGGCUUCCGCGUCCAGGGCAAAUCCAAAGAAUCCGCCAAGCGAUUACUCCGAGACGCCCUGGCCGUCCAGGAGGCCGGUGCUUUCGCCGUGGUGGUGGAGGCCGUGCCGCAGGAGGUGGCGGCCUUCAUCACCGGUCUCCUGAAAAUCCCGACGAUUGGCAUUGGUGCUGGAAACGGCACGAGUGGACAGGUGCUGGUGCAGGCGGAUAUGACGGGGAAUUUCCCGCCUGGGAGGUUCUUGCCCAAGUUUGUCAAGAAGUAUGGCGAUGUGUGGGGGGAGGCGUUGAGGGCUAUUGAGACGUAUAGGGAUGAAGUCAAGGGCGGGAGUUAUCCGGCCGAGGAGCAUACGUACCCGAUGGCGAAGGAGGAGGUGGAGGCCUUUGUGGGGGAUGUGAGGAGGCUGAUGAAUGCGAAUGCGUCUGCUAAGGCUGAAGGCGAGGGUGAGAAGGAUGCGCGAGUAAUGCUGUAGUGCGUGCGUGGCGGUGGGAGGAGGAUAAUACCCCUUGCAUGAUGUUGGGAUAACAAAAAUGUGUUGCUGUUUUUGGAUAUAAGAGCGUUGCCUCACGUUGAUAGUGUAGUAAUUGAUAGGUACCUCUGUCGUGAUCCCUUUAAUUUGAUGUGAGGUGCCGUG